AGCCACAAUGGUAGUACUGGUAUUCAAAGCUUGCAUCCAGAAGAGCAUGUUUUCAGAAGUCGAUAUCCACCAGCAAUUCCCAGCGACCUGACUCUGCCAGAUUUUGUGCUCCAGAAUGCGGAGUUGUACUCAGAAAAGGUGGCAUUUGUGGAUGCAGCCACCGGAAAAGGAUACACUUAUGCUGAAGUUGCAAGAGACAUCAGGAGGUUUGCCAAGGCCUUACGGUCAAUUGGCUUGAGGAAAGGAUGCGUCGUGGUGGUAGUGCUGCCAAACAUAGAAUAUGCCAUUAUUGCUUUAGGGAUCAUGUCCGCUGGAGGAGUAUUUUCUGGUGCAAACCCAGCCUCCCAUGCAUCAGAGAUUAAGAAGCAAGUUGAAUCAGCUGAAGCUAAACUUAUCAUCACUGAUGCAUCGACCUACAAAAAGGUAAACGAUUUGGGGCUUUCAGUCAUAGUUGUAGGCGAGGAAGAGCGCAUCGAGGGAACCAUGAAGUGGGAUGAAUUACUUGAAGCUGCAGAUCGUGCCAGCUCCGGAAGCAAUAACGAAACGGUGCAACAAUCUGACCUUUGCGCCCUUCCAUUCUCAUCUGGCACGACCGGAUUGUCAAAAGGUGUAAUGCUUACCCAUCGGAAUAUGGUCGCCAAUCUCUGCUCAUCAUUGUUCAGCGUGGGACCUGAAAUGAUUGGCCAGGUCACUAUACUCGGUCUAAUACCCUUUUACCAUAUUUAUGGUCUCACCGGAAUUUGUUGUGCUACGAUCAGAAACAAGGGGAAAGUCGUGGUAAUGCCCAAGUAUGAACUUCGAGCUUUUAUGGACGCAUUGAUUACCCAUGAAGUCACGUUUGCACCCAUUGUGCCGCCAAUCAUUCUCGGGUUGGUGAAGAACCCUAUAGUCGAUGAAUUUGAUCUUACUAAACUCAAGCUUAGGUCCAUCAUGACGGCAGCAGCUCCCCGCCCAGAAAUUCUCAACGAGUUUGAGAAGAAGUUCCCUGGUAUUGUGGUACAAGAGGCGUAUGGGAUGACAGAGCACAGCUGCAUAACAAUUAGCCACGGAGACCCAAGUAAAGGCCAUGGAAUUGCCAAGAGAAACUCUGUGGGAUUCAUCCUUCCAAAUUUGGAAGUGAAGUUUGUUGAUCCUGAGACGGGGAGAUCUUUACCCAAGAACACCCCCGGUGAGAUUUGUGUUCGAAGCCAAUGUGUGAUGAAAGGUUACUACAAGAAUGAACAUGAAACCGCCCUUACAAUUGACAAAGAUGGGUGGCUUCAUACCGGUGACGUUGGAUACAUUGAUGAUGAUGGGGAUGUAUUCGUGGUGGAUCGGAUAAAAGAAUUGAUCAAGUACAAAGGAUUCCAGGUACGACGACAUUUUUUGUUCAAGUUUUAGUAAGGACAUGCAAUACACGAAAUAGAAACGGAAGAGUUAAUAAUGAUGAUGCAAAUGACGCAGAAGCUAUCAGCUUAACAUGCUUCUGAAU